AUGAGAGAUUUUCUGAAUGAAUUGACCUUAGAAAAUAUAGCAAAUGUUAAAAUAAGAGCAUAUAAGAAUGAGAAUUUUGUUGAUGAGAAAGAAAAAAAGGAGAGAAAAAAUGAAGAUAAUUUUUAUAAUGUUUAUAUUUUGACAUAUAUAAAACAUAUUGUAAGAAUAAAAGCGAACUUAGCUUUACAUGGAGGUCUAUAUAGUAAUUAUUUUGAAAAAUAUGAAGAAGAAUCUAUUUCAAAUAUAAUGUUAGAAAAUUUACUAAAUAAAAAUGAUUUAAGUAAAGAAAACAAUAAAUAUAAUAGAAAAAUUGAUAAAGAGACAAAAAAUGAUAAAGAAAUGAAAAAAAAAGAAAUAAAUGAAGAUAAUAAAAGAGAUUUAAAUUACUCCAUUAAAGAAUUAUUAAGAAAAUUAAUUAAAUCUUAUAAAAUUAGAGAAAAUAAAAUAUUUUUAGUUACAGGCAUGUUAGGAUGUGGAAAAACUACUUGUGUAAGUUUAGCAAUAGAAUAUUUUAAUAAGUUUUUACAAAUUGAAAAAAAUAUGAAAAAUAGAAAUGAUAAAAAAAGUGUUUUAUUUUUAUCAGUUGAUGAGAAUAAUAAUAAAAAAACAUAUAAAAAAACUCCUUAUACUUCUAAAAAUUAUGAACAUGAGGUUACAAGUUAUGAAUCCACAUCAACUAAUGAUAAAAAAAUAAAAAUAAAUUAUAAUGAACCUCUUUUUAACUUUACACCCAGAAAAAAAAAAAAGAGAAAAACAAGUAAUUCUUCAGAAGAUGAAGAUGAUAUAAUUCAUAAUUCAAGUAAAAAGAAGGAUAAUUCUUUAAAUUUAAAUCUUGAACAAAUAAAUAGUAAUAUAAAGAAUAUUUUUGAAAAUAAUGACUUAUCUCCUCUAAGAAAGAAUGCAAAUAUAAGAAAUAAAAUACAGUUUGAACAAACUUUUAAAGAACAUAUUGCUAAUAAUCUUGAAGAAGAUAGUGAAAAUGAGCACUCAGAAUUUAAUGAGAAAUAUAAGAAAAUUGUAGAAGAAAUUAAAACAGAAGAAAAUGAAGAAAGAUGUAUUUAUACAAUUCGUAUCAGUGCAUAUUUAUAUAAAGAUGAUUUACAGUGUAUUAAAUCUAUUUUAUCACAAUUGUAUAAUUAUCUUAAUAAAGAAGAUAAAAUGGAAACGAAUUUACUAUUAAAUGAUUAUAUAAUAAAAUUAGAAAAUAUAUUAAUUGAAAUAAAUAAUGAUAAAAAACAAACUUUAUUGAUUAUUGAAAAUGUAGAAAAGUUUUGUUUACAAAAUAAGCAGAACUUACUAUAUACAUUAUUUGAUUUAUUACAUAAAAAAAGUAUUUGUAUUAAUAUAAUUUGUUUAACUAAUGUAUUAGAUAUUACUCAAAAUUUAGAAAAAAGAAUUAAAUCAAGAUUUACUUUUGAGAUGUUACAUAUAUCCCCUAUUUUAAAUAUAGAAGAAAUUUCUAAAUUAGUAUAUAAAAUUUUAUAUGUUAAUUUAGAUGAUUUUCAUCUCAUUAAAAAAUAUUAUUCUGUAUACUUUACCUAUAGUGAUCUAAUAAAAAUUCAAAAAUUUUUACAAAUUUAUAAUUCUACUAUGCAAAAAGAAAUAGCUGAUUCUCAUUUAUUAAAGCAGUGGUCAUAUGAUAUUAAUUAUGGAUUAGACAUUAGGCAUAUUUAUCAUACAUGUGUUGAUGCAAUUUUAUCUAUAUGUGAAUAUAAGCAUAUUUUAAAUUCUAAUAAAAUAACAUUUAAAAAGAAUACUCUUCUUGAUUCAUCCUCUGAUAAAAUGUCUAAUUCAUCUAAAGAAGAUGAUGAUUACUCUAAGAAAAAUAUCACAAGUUUUUCAAAACAUGCAAACAAAAAAGAGAAUGAAAGUGAUGAUGAGGAUGGAAUAGAAGAACACAGAUGGAUAGAAAUAAAUAAUAGAGAACAAAAAUAUUUUGAUAAAUUAGAAUCUGUGAAAGAAAAAAGAAAUAAAAAUAAUAACACUUCCUUAAUAAUGGAAAAGUUAGGUUUUUUUGCAAAAGAAAAAAGAAACAAUGUAGAUUAUUUUAAAGAAAGACAAGGAAAAUUAGAUAGCACACCUAUUAAAAGUAAUUUUAAUAAAGAAAAGGAAGAAAAUAGAAAUGAAAACGAGAACGAAGAAAAUUUUCAUUUUGAUAUGACUAUAGAUAUGAGUCCUCGUAAAUUAAAAGAAAAUAUCAAAUUAAAAAGUAAAGUAGAAAGUGAAUAUAUAUUAAAUAAUGUUCAAUCAAAAUUUAUAAGGAGACAUUAUAUUAAAAAAGUUUUACGAGAUUUAUGCACUAUUGAAUAUCUGAUUUUAUGUGCAUUUACUAGACUGUAUAAAAAAGAAAUUUUACCAAAGACAUUAUAUGUAAUUAUAUUAGAAAUAAAUAAAUUUAAGCAAGCUUAUCCCCAAGAACAAAUUAUUGGAUUUUCACUUGAUGCUUAUAGGAGGUCUUUUUUCAGAUUAGUUGAUUUAGAUAUUAUUAUUUUAUCUUCUUAUUCAUUAAGUCAUUUAAAUAUUAAAAAUUUUAGUAACGAUUUAUUUGGAUUACAUGAGCCAACCAAAUUCCCAUGUUUUGAUAUUUUCCUAGAUAAUAUAGAAUCUUAUAACUUAAAUCAUAAUUUAAUUCAAUGGGUAAAGCAUAACACUGAAGUUAUGCAAUAA